AUGAGCUAAGAGACUCUCAAUGGAAUCAAUGGCAUCUUGUCUGACGUCCAAGGUUUCGGCUAGGAAAGUUAUAGAUUCCUCAGAAAAUGCACCAAACCAGACAAAAGAGAAUACAUCAAAAUUGCCACAUCAUGCGCUAUUGGAUUCGCAGUAAUGGGAGCUGUUGGAUACUUCAUCAAAUUGGUCUUCAUUCCAAUAAACAAUAUCAUUUUGAGUGCAAAUUGA